UGACGUCGUCUGCCCUGGCAUAACAAGGGGGAGUAGCCACUGGGGCGUGAAAAACGUAAACAAAAUUAUUAGCAUUUCUCUGAUUUUAUUGGGCCUUUCGAAGCCACUUAUUUAAUCGAUACCGCCCGCAAGCACCACAGGGAAUAUGCUGCAGGCGCGCAGCUGCGAUGAGCGAGACUGACGACACCGACGUCCUCGUUCUGAUCCCCCACGACUUUUUCACAGUGUCCAGCAGCUCAGAGGACGACCAGCAUCGCAGUAGGUCUCAUACCAAACGAGCAAGGUUUUACUCCAAAAUGUCGCAAGACAGGUCCAAACCCGGCAGUACAGGCGACUUGAGCAAGAUGCUAAGCUCGGCCGACAACACUCCACAGAAAAAUGUGCCUCCUUCAUCGCUCUACUACAAGCCAGAGGAACCCUCGAGUGCCUCUGGGCCCCGCUAUAGCGCCGACUUCACGUCCAACCUGAUGGCCAAGAGCAAUGGCUUCGACUCUUCCAAGUUCAGACGCAGCACCAGCGAUUUGCCCACAAUGGGUGACACACCAAAGCAAGGGGAGCCCAAUAAGGAGGAGACUCGAGAGCCGACGUCACCCCAAAGCCACCCUUAUGUGUGCGGUGACAACAUUGGGUCGGUCCCUGACCUUGGUUUUGGCCUCCGAGCCUUCUUGGCCAGUCUAGGCCCUCCGCAGCACCAUUGCAAGACGCAUUCUCAAGACUCACCAAGCCGACUGCCCGUCCACGAAGACCCCUGCACCAAAAAGUACUACUACUCAGUCGGGGGCUCCGAAAACGCCUCCGCCUUGGCUGCCGCAAAGCGGCAGCUGGAGUUUGAUGAUUCUUCUCCAGUCAGGGGAAGUGCUGAAAAAAUGGGAAGUUACAUGAAGAGACCGAGUGCAUUUGUUCCAGUCUCGGCCGAGGCAGUCCCAAGAGUCGCAGAUUUGCAAAGAGGCAGCUCUCCUGGCACUCCAUUGCCGAGUCUCAGCCAAAUGUGGCGAGAUUCUGAAGUUCAACCGCUCGGGCCUUCGGAACCGUCCCAGCAAGGCCCUGUUGAUCCUCUGCUCCUUUCUCAAAAACUUGAGGAAGAAGUUUACAAGCGAAUGCAUUGUGAACAAGUGAUUGGUGAUCUCCAGCAAAAAUUGCUGCGGGAGAGUGAACGAGUUGCUGUGGCCACACAAGUCGAUGCCAGAAAGGACGACUAUUUGUCAAAGCUUAGGACCCGCUAUGAAGGAACUGCUCGGCAGUGGCAGACAGAGAGAGAAAGAAUGCUCUUGGAAUUGACAGAGAAGCAUGAAAUGUGCUCCGCUACCAUUCAACGUCUGCGGAAUUGCGAGAAAGAGUUGUCAAAAGCACUUGAUCUCGCCAGUGGCUUUCAACAAAGAGCACUCUCACUAGAGAGGGAUAAAGCAGAGUUUGAUUCGGUGGCCAAAGCCAAAGAGGCCGCUUUGGAGAGAGAGUGCCGAUCCCUUGAACAGGAAGUGUUGAAAUUGAGGGCAGCUGCAGAAAUCUCCGAUCGACACGAGAACAAAAGAUCUGACCAGCUAGCUUCACUCCAAAAUACUCUUGAUGAUGAGAGAAAAGAAAGACUUGCACUUGAGACGCAGUACAAACGAGAUGAGUCAUUAAUUUUGGAAGCCAAAGACCUCAGGCAGAAGGUUGAUUCCCUUCAGCAAUCAUUAGAUGAUGCUCGAAGCAAAGAGAAAACGGCUAGACAGGAGAUUAAAGAGUUGACCCAAGCAAUGGAGCAGAGCAGGAGUACUCUGAAGGAGCAGUACCAAUCUCAGCUAGACCAGGUUGUGCGGUCCAAGUUGAGCGAAUUUCAAACCCAACUUGAUCAAGCCGAAGCAGCUAUUCGCAACCAGUGGGAAAAUAAGGAAGCCGAGAUGGCUGCUAAGCAUGCUAAGGUGCUCAGUGAGAUGGAGCAAAGGCAUCUGAACGAGCUGAAGCAGGUUGAGGAGAGACACACAAGAGAUGUCGGUUGGUGGAAACGAUCAUUGGCAAAGGCGAUGGAACAAAUCCAAGAACUGACGUCUGAGUUGGAAAAGCAAGAAAAGCACAAAGAGCAGCUCGCAUCCAAAAUGCGGAGUCUGUUGCAGAGUCAAUACCAGCAAGCAACUACCUUGAUCUGGGAGCAGCCGACCUCAUCGGCUGAUUCAAAAGUGCAUGACACUCGAUCGUGGUUGAGUAAUGAUAUGCCAGUUACCUCGAGUGUUAAUGAAAGUCGAACGGAACAGGACCAGUUGAAGAAAUAUAUUGAAAUGUUGCUUACAAGACCAGUCGGUGACCCCCUUAUGCAAGACUCGGACAGCCAGAGUUUAAGACGUGAAAGACCUUCAGGAUCAUUUGCCGCCGAGUUAGAUCUGUCCAAGUUGACACUGAAUGAUAAAAACAAAUCGUCUAAGGACACAAGUCAAAAACCGCCCUGGAAACCAGCAUAAAAGCUGAAAUUCUUCCAAUGUGACUGAAAGCUAUUUUAGGUGUAGGUGUGCAUAGAUCUUUAAAUGCGACGGUCUGAAUAUUAUUGCAUUGUUAACCUAUUAUGUCGUAUAAUUAUACCUCACAGAAGUAUUGAAAUUUUCCAUGCACUAUUGUGUAUUCACUUGGAGUGAUGCAAACAUGUAUAAAAUAAGAAAACCAUCAGUAAAUUCGUGAGCUCAAAAAACCAUUAGCACGGUUCCUCAAUGGCUACGUGCAAUUUAAAAAGAAUGCAUUUAUUAUAACAAUUACUUGAACUGAAAGAGAUUUUAGUUACUUUCAAGUUCCUGAUGAAACUAAAGCAUGUGUGCCAAUUUCAAUACUAUUUUAAAAGCUUGUGUAGAAAUGAACAGUUGAGCUCAUGUAAAUCAAUCCUCGGCAUCAAUAUCAAACUUGCAGUUUUGCGUUUUGAGGCGCUUUUUUAUGGGUUUAUCAUCACUUCAAAUUUUAUAGCAUGCAUUCUUUUAUUCUGCAAUUAUAAUUAAUUUUUAUGAAUGACAGGAGAUUUCUCAUAAUAAUACUGGUGCGAAAAUUAAAUAAAUGAGAAUUAUUGAACCAAUU